AUGGGUGUCGCGUCUGUCAUGGGAAGGAUUGGAUCCAUUAGCGCACCCUUUAUGAAAAAUUUGACGGCCACUUCUGGAUUAACACUGGUUAUGACACUGUAUGGUACCCUGACAUGUGUCGGUGCCGUUUUGGGACUAUUUCUUCCCGAAACAAAGGGACGAGAAAUUCCUGAUACUAUAGAAGAGGCAGAAAAUGUUGACUCAAUUCAAUUGAAUAACAUUAAGGAUAAACAAAAUGAAAAUAAUGGAAAAUCUUAA